CCACUAGGUUAGGCCAUAGAUUGGCACUCCGCCAGUGUAGUCUGGAAUAAAGCAAGCUUUCUUCCUUUCAUCUUUCAUCUUCUUGGUUGCAGUUAUCCUGCAACCGAUAUAUUAGGUAUCUUGCCGCAUCAUCCAUGAGUGACACCCUACAUGCGUCGUAAUACAAUGUGCAGUGCUUCAUGCAUGGUCAUACGUCCACCAUGUACCUCUGGUACAAGUAUGAACUGUUGGUUACACGCGUAAGUAUGGUACAUAUCAGCUUACUUUGUCAUCGUUGGUCUUACUUUUCCCCAUCUUAUGACUUCUCCUUUCGAUACUCAAUUUCGUAUUCUUAUCCCGUUCAUUUUCAUUUCGCUGAGAACUUGAGCAACCGCAUUCGAGUUAUUUAAUGGAAGCACAAGCAAAAUCAGACCUCAGGGCUCUUUUAGCCAAGACGCGCAAUGGGUGGUCCAAAGAUGCAACUGUCUCCGUUGCUGGAGAUGUGGAUUUUGUAAACUCCACACACCGAUGGAAUCUGCAUAGAUCUCCCACCUAUUCAGCCAACAUUAGUGUCGGUACCGAGGCUGAUGUAGCCAAGGCAGUUGCAUUCGCAAGGUCGAACAACAUUCCAUUUCUAGCCACUGGAUCUCGACAUGGAUAUGGCACCACGUUGGCCAGACAUCAGAAUGGACUCUCUAUUGACCUCAGUCGACUGAACGCGGUUAACGUGAAUCCAUCUGCUUCUAUCGUCACAGUCGGGCCUGGGGUCACAAAUGAAGAUAUCGCUAGUGUGGCUAAUGAUGCUGGCUUUGAAGUCCCACUAGGAACCUGCUCAACUGUCUCUCAGAUUGGCGCCACUCUAGGUGGGGGCGUUGGUCGCUGGUCGGGUGUCUUCGGCUUGAUGAUUGACGGUUUGCUAUCAGUGCGGCUUGUAACGGCGAAUGGAGAUAUCAUCGAAGCAUCUGAGACCAGUAAUGCAGACCUAUUUUGGGGCAUUCGAGGUGCUGGUGCUAAUCUGGGCAUCAUCGUAUCUGCCACCUACAAACUUCACAAGCCCGUCAGUGAAGGAAAGGUGUUAAGCGUAGACUUCAUGCUACCGGUGGAUAGGAAGACGGAAUACUUCAGCCUUCUAAAACACUUCAUCGACAAAGGGUUGCCUCCAGAAUUGGCCAUCGUCACAGGAAUUGUCUAUGACCCCAAUAGCAACUCAACCCUCAUUGGUGGUAAUUGGGCAUGGUUGGGUUCAGAAGCCAAGGGUCGCGAGGUCGUUUUACCACUACUGGAAAUGAAUCCGCCUAUUGUCAACACCUCCAUUAUAUCUUGGACGGAAAUUACCAAGUCUGCUGGCUUUGGUUCCGACGUAAUGGGAUGCCAGAAAGGUCAAGUCAGGAGUAUGUAUACGGCCAACGUGCGUGAAUUCUCGGUGUCUGCCCACGAGAAAAUUGUGGACAAGAUGGCACGAUUCUUUGACGAGCAUCCGGAUGGACGUGGCAGUAUUGUCCUUUUGGAGACCUGGCCCAUGCAGGCAGCUAGUGCCAUCCCAGAUGAUGCAACUGCCUACCCUUGGAGGAAUUCGAUAGAGUAUGCGAUGUUCCAGUUUGCCUUCGUAGAAGAAGGCAGCCCUACAGAAGUAGCGGGGAACCUGCUCGGGAAGGAACUGCGCAAGGAGCUUGCUGCAGACUCUGGUUACGAUGACCUAGCGGUUAAUGUAAACUAUGCGCAUGGCGAUGAGACCCCGGAACAGAUGUACGGCAAGAAUAAAUUGCCUCGACUUGUAUCGGUGAAGCAGCGAUAUGACCCCGAUAAUGUUUUUAGCUACUGCAAUCCACUACCGUUGCAGUGAUUAGGUAUAGGGAGAAUUGAGUCAGAUAUGAAUUCA